GAAUUUAAAUGUCUCUUGUUUGCCUUUCUGCAGGAGUUCAACGUGCACUCGUAACGGCCUGGUGGCCGGCAUUCAAAGCAAGUACUUUGAGUCAGUCCUGGACCGGGAAUGGCAGUUCUACUGCUGCUACUACAAACGCCGAUGCCCCUACUCCUGCAUGAAGACGAGCGACAUUCCCGAACACUUCAGAGAGGAGGCGGAGCUUGUGGUUCCUUCUUAUGGAUACUUCAUCCGGGGAGCUCAGACCACCUUCAGCGGAGUGUUAAGAGAUCGGCAGUGGAAGUACAUCCUCUGCAGAAUGACCGACUUUGACUGUGAAUUUGAAAAUUUAUAGACUUGUAAUCAUCUUUAUUUCCAACCCAUAAACAGUUUGAACGAAUAUUUACUCUCACAUUUAAACAAGAAACACAAUACGUACACUUUACGUAACCUUCAGUUUAGCAUGCAGCAUGGCUGCUCGUAUCAGAGGUGAUGUAGCACAGAGUCUUCACCAGACACACAGGAGUGUGUCUUCAUUUAAAUGGACUCUUUUUGGCCUCAUUUGAAAGUGGUUUUCCAAAGUGGACCAUCAUGAAAGUUUCAAUCCACAGGAAGUUGUUCUGCUUUUGACUUUACAUCUAAUUCCAUCUAAACUGUACUAACUCCUGUAACUAUACUGUGUGAAAUAGGAUUAAAACGUCCUGUUGACUACUA